AGAUUUUGCAAUUCCUGUUGUCAGCGCCUGCAGCACUCAUCAUGGUCUGAAUGGCUUGUAAAACUCCAACAGGCGCCUUUGCGAAUUUCGAAACUAGAGAUCAGAUACUGUUGAACCAUGAGCAGAUCAACGUUGAUUGCCAGCUUGGCCAGGAAUAUCCUGACUUGGUCGAUUUUCUUUGCUCUCCUGGAGUUGCAAGUCCACGGUCAGAAUUUGACAAACUCGUCAAGACAUGGAAAACUCUUCUCCUUGUUCAAUGUGGUAACAUUUAACAAUGGCCCAUGUACAGGAACUGGAUUACCGGGAAGUACUGCUGCGACUGGAAUUUGCUUCACUGCAUCUGAAUGCAUCUCACUAAGUGGAACAACCAUGGGAUCAUGCGCUUCUGGCUUCGGUGUUUGUUGCACCUUCGUUUUGAAUUCUGCCGGGGGCGGAACAGUAACUCAAAAUGGGACCAUUCUUCAGGCUCCGAUGAGUCAAACUGCCUUGGCCGAUGGAAUGAACAUCGCCUAUCAAGUCAACCGCAUAAGCUCUGAUGUAUGCUUUCUUCGGUUGGAUUUCCAAACCUUCACUAUCUUGGGUCCCAUGGAUACACUUGAAACCAACGGAGGCCAAUGCGUGGACACCUUCACGGCCACUACCAAAACGGGAACAACGACCAUUUGUGGAGAGAACAGCGGAGAGCACAUUUAUGUGGACUUUGGCAUGAACCCGCAAUCUAUGCUGACGUUUAACUUUGGAGCAACCCCUGGAGGAACCACGAUCAUGAGGGAUUGGGACAUCAAAGUGAACCAAAUUCCAUGUACUGGACCAACUGCCCCACCCAUUGGUUGUCUUCAAUAUCACACCACACUCAUGGGCCAAAUUAAGUCCUUCAACUUCGAUGGAAACACAGGCCACUUGGCCAACCAAAGGUACUCGGCGUGCAUACGGCAAGCAGCUGAUCAUUGUUGUGUGGAAUUUCGAGUUUGUCCGGCUCCGAUCAUGAACGCCUUUACUCUGGAUAGCACAGUUGGAACGACGGAGACUGCUUGUUUUACUGAAUUAAAUCCUCUUACACCGUCGGACAUUGACUAUAUUGGAAUUGCCGGAUCAUCAUCAACUUGCUCGAUGACCCAGGGCAUCCCUACAAGGAAUAUUUAUUGUGGAACCACAUUUAACCUUUUAGCAACGGCUCCAAAUGCGGCAGUGUGUGAUUGUACUCCUCCCUUUGCUGUGGAUAUAGUGACUGAUAAUACUGCUGGACUUCAGACUGUGAUCCCUCCGACACCUUUUCCCCGAGGUGUAUGCCUUACCUAUCAACAACUGAUGUGCUAACCAAACCCAUUGUAAACUUGUGUUUGAAUUUCAUAGACAAUCUACAUAAGCUGUUCAAUCAAAAUAUAAGCUGACACAACUAUUGAAAUGAAAGGAUUAUAAGAAUGCCCUUAUGUACCAUCCUUCUGUAAUAAAAAAAAUUGCCUAA